AUGCGUUCCUUCACCUGGACCACCGUUUGGGUCCUUUGGGCCUUGGCCCUCAGCGCCUCAGGUUCUGCUGUUCCAAACAGAGAUGUGGCCCUGAGGGAAAGAGACCUGGAACGGUCUAAUUCUCUGUUCAAGAGAGUGGCGUCUGCUUUCCAUUUGGCCUCUGUCCCCCGCUCCGUCUACGCCCGCCAGGACGAGACCGACGUCGUCAAGGAAGUUGUCGUCGAGGAGGUCGUCGAGCCCGCCCAGCGCAAGCGCUCCCCUCAAGACGACAACACAGAAGUUGUCGUCGAGAAGGUCGUGGAGGUAGUAACCGUCCAUCCACUCGAGAUGCGCGCAGCUGCCAGCUCCGCUGCCGCCGCAUCUGCCGCCGCGCUCUCAUCCCAGGCCGCUGCUGUCUCUUCUGAUGCCAAGGCCGCCUCCAGCGCCGCUGCCAAGGCCGCUUCGGCUGCCAGCUCGGCGGCUCCCGAGUCGACUGCGGCUGACAAGGCCAACGCUGCUUCCGCCGCCCCUUCCUCCGCCGCCGAGGCCGCUGAGUCCUCCGCCGCCCCUUCCUCCGCCGCCGAGGCCGCUGAGUCCUCUGCCGCCCCUUCCUCCGCCGCCGAGGCCGCUGAGUCCUCCGCCGCCCCUUCUGCCGCCAAUAAGGCCGAGUCCUCCGCCGCCCCUUCCGCCGCCGCCGCUUCUGAGUCUGAGAGCGCCAAUCAGGAUAUUGCCGCUUCUUCUGCUGCCGCUUCUUUCGGUGCUGCCUCUUCUGCCGCCGAGUCCGCUUACGAGUCCGCCGCUCCGUCCGAGAGCGCUGCCGAUGACACCCAGGAUGACGGUAGUGGCGACGAGGGCGAGGACGCCUGGUCCACAGCCUGGCCCUCAGCCUGGCCCUCAGCCUCGCCCUCAGCCUGGCCCUCAGCCUGGCCCUCAGCCUGGCCCUCAGCCUGGCCCUCAGCCUGGCCCUCAGCCUGGCCCACAGCCACCGGUGAUGCGUGGGCGGAAGGCGAGGAACCCUGCCCCGAGGAGGGUGGUGACGCCCCCUGGGGAACCGGCUACGCAGCAUAUGGUGGAGAUGGCGGUUUGGUUCUCUCUACUGUCGCGCCUGAGCCUGCGGCGGCCACGGGCGGCAGCGCGGACGACAUGCAGCGUGCGGGGUUCGCGGACGUUAAGCUUGCUGGUGCUGCUGGACAGAAGGUUGAUGCGAAGAUUGCGUUGGCUGUUGGUCUCGCUGGAUUGAUGUUUGUGCAGCUUUAAGAAGCUGUAAAUGUUUCCUUUGGUUCGUGGGAGAGAGGAGGGGAAGGGCUUGGGUGGUUGAUGAAGUGAUAGAAGAGUUGUGACAUUCGGUGGCUCUUCCAUCUUCGGCUUGUCGACUCCUGACCGACAUCAAGACUUUCGAUGACAAGUUGACCAAAACUUCUCAAAGCUCUCUCUCUCUCGCUCACUCUCUCGACGGACGAAAAAGUACACUCGAGCUGGUUGACAGUCCAAUGACUUUGCUUUUUCUCUUGCGGAGCCGGAGCCUGGCUAUAGGCACAACCGCA